UCAUUCCUCUCCUUUCAUUCCUCUUCUCUCAUUCUCUUCCUGUUCCAUACCGUUUCAUGUUUCAUCUGAAUCACACUCAGUAGUAGCCUAUUUUCUUUCCCAUUUUCCAGAAUCGCCCGGACAAAAAGAUGCCCUCCUCGUUUCUCUUCACCAGUGUCUUAAGAUCUCCCGCUUUCCUCACGUCCCCUUCCGCACAAGUUCCCCAUUUUCCUUCUGCUUCUGCUUUCAAUGCUGGUCAUUGUCAUCUUCCAUACCCAUUGCCACGCAUGGGUUAAAGAAUGUGGGUUUCGUUGUUUUGGGACUUGGGAGAUCUUUCAAUCAAAUCCUACCAAGUUUUCAGCUUUUCUGGGUUUCGUUCAGCAUCCUUUCGCUGGUCGCAAUGCAAUUAGGUUAUCCGCAAAAUGAUUUGGACUUAUCUCCUGGAAAAAGCUUGGAUGGAAGUUUCAGGAAGUCUAGUUCUGUUAUCUCAGCUGCUCAUAGUGUCUCUGCAACUUCAGGAACUAGCAAGUUUGUUCCUAUUUCCAGAAGAGUAUACAGAGGGCUCAAGGACUGUGGAAGAAAACUUCUUGACCUGGAUAUUUUCACACAAAAUCUCGAGGAUUGGGUUUUGGAGAAUCUACAUGCUAACUCAGAGGAAAGGAAGCAAUAUUUCAGUUCUCCCUUCACAACCAGUGAGUUGCGUAAGCUUGAUUUGGCAUUGGAGGGGGUUUCAUUCCAACAACUGGUACGAAUGCCAAACUCCUCUGAAGUUUCUGAUGAUCUUAUUGAAGAUCAUCUCAUUGAAGAUCAGUAUCUAGCAGUUGAAGACUUCCUUCACGCCACUAUCAUUGGCCUCUGGCGUACAUUUUGGCAUAAAAGCGGGCCUCUGCCACUUUUUGUGUCUUGUACCUCUCAUCCUGGUUCCAAGUUCUACAGUGUUGAAAAGGCAAUAUCAAGGGGAAGGCUUAAGGAACUGCGUGGCUUAGCUCUGAUGGCAAAAACUGGGUGUGAUUUGAAAGCUAGAUGGGAUCAAGUGGUGUCAUUUGCAUUGUUUAGGCCUGAAGUAAUAUCAGAAAAUGGGCUGAGAAUUUCUUCUCGCACUAUAUUUGUAGAUUCCAAGCAUGGAGGGGUCGUGAGGUUGAGUGGUGACCUUGGCAAACUUGAUUUAUUAAACUCCAGCAAUCCGUACCAAUCUGUGACUGAAUGGAUCAAAACCUGUGCUGAUGUUGGUGUCACCCCAGCAGAAUCAAUAUGGAACCGACUAGGAAAUGCAAACUGGGGGGAUAUGGGAACCUUGCAGGUACUCUUGGCAACUUUCUAUUCUAUUGCUCAAUGGAGGGGGCCGCCAAGAAAGUCAGUAGCUUCACUAAUCUCAGAUCAUGGCCUUCGCCUUCAAAAGCGCAGAACCGAGUGCUGUAUUAUUGAGAGUGAAAAUGCACUGAUUCCUUACCAAGGAUCAGCUAACUAUGAAGCUGGAGAGAUUGUUGAACUCGACGAGAAUGAUUUCUUUCUUAGGAAGCAAACAUCACGCCUGAAGCUUAAGCAGGGCGAUGUAUUGCUCUUGGAAGAUCCACAACAAGGUCAGAGAAGUUUCCAGAUUCAGGAGUCUGUUGUAGGAGGGAACUAUUUUCUAUAUAGUGCUGUCUCUCUUGAUCAUCCCUCAGAGUUAUUGACUUUAUAUGUGGGCGCCCAUCCCUCUAGACUUGAGCCUUCUUGGGAGGACAUGAGUCUCUGGUACCAAGUACAACGUCAAACAAAAGUCUUAAAUAUUUUGAGGAAUCAAGGAAUCAGAAGCAAAUAUCUGCCGGAAAUCAUAGCCUCUGGUCUGAUUUUACAUUCUGGUCCCUGCAAGAAGGAGAGUCCUGGAGGAAGGUGCGAUCACCCAUGGUGUGGGACCCCCAUACUUGUUACGUCUCCGGUAGGGAUGCCACUUUCAUCUGUAAUUGCUUAUGAAGGUCAGUUCUCAGCUGAUGAAGCAAUUCGCUGCUGCCGGGACUGCUUAGCUGCUCUAAGAAGCGCAGCCAUGGCUAAUGUCCAGCAUGGUGACAUUUGUCCAGAAAAUAUAAUACAAGUUGCUGAACAACAUGGUUUCAAAAGUCGAUAUGUCCCCAUAUCUUGGGGUCGAGCUGUGUUGGAAGACAGGGACAGCCCUGCCAUAAACUUGCAAUUCUCAUCAUCCCAUGCUCUUCAACAUGGGAAGCUGUGUCCCUCAUCUGAUGCAGAAAGCAUUGUCUAUGUCCUCUAUUUCAUUUGUGGAGGGACGAUGCAGCAACAAGACUCCAUAGAAUCUGCUCUACAAUGGAGGGAAAGAAGCUGGGCGAAGCGAACAAUACAGCAAUAUCUUGGGCAGGUUUCUGCAAUUUUGAAGGCAUUUGCUGAUUAUGUGGAUAGCCUUUGUGGGACGCCAUACCCAGUUGAUUAUGAUAUAUGGCUGAAGAGGUUGAAUAGAACUGUGGAAGGAUCGUCAGAUAGAGGUAAAAUGAUUGAAGAAGCGGCCAUAACAUUGAGACUAGAGGAUGCUGCAGAGUCUUCUGGAGCUUUUGGGCCUUGA